AUGGAGGUCGCGUACGCCCAGCUGAAGCGCUACUGGGGCUUCCCAUCGUUCCGAGGAGUCCAGGCUGAGGUCAUCCAGAGGCUCGUCGUCGAGAGUCAAAAUGCUCUCUGCAUCAUGCCGACGGGCGGCGGAAAGAGUCUCGUCUUUCAAGUCCCGGCACUUUGCUUCGACGGCCUCACACUCGUUAUCUCUCCUCUCAUCGCCCUGUCGAAAGACCAGGUCGACAACUUGAAGAAGCGAGGCGUCCCGGCCGCAGCGCUCGACUCGAGCUUGACGACGGAAGAGAGUUCGGAGGUCAGGAGACAGCUGCGCGAGGGGACGCUCAAAAUCCUCUACGUCGCGCCGGAGAGGCUGAACAAUGAAAUGUUCGUCUCGAUGAUCUCGGAGCAGAAGAUUUCGCUUCUCGCCGUCGACGAGAGCCACUGCGUCUCCGAAUGGGGCCCAUCCUUCCGCGCGGAGUACCUCAAAGUGUCGCGCUUCGCCAAGGAGAUCGCUGCCGAACGCGUUCUCUGCUUGACGGCCACGGCGACGCCUUCCGUCAUCACCGACAUCUGCGACUCGACGAACGGGUUCGACAUCGACCGCGAGAAGGGCGUCUUCUCGACCGGUACCUUCCGUCCCAACCUUUCCAUCUCGAUCAAGCCGUGCGCCAACUUCAAGGCCAAGUUCGCUGUCCUCGUUCCGGCGCUCAAGUCCCGCGGUGACGGCGCAGCGAUCGUCUACGUCACGACGCAGAAGCAGGCGGAGGAAGUUGCGCAAGAGCUGCACGACCUGCACGGAAUCGAAGCUCGCCCCUACCACGCUGGUUUGAAGGCGGACGACAGGAAGACUAUCCAAGACUGGUUCAUUGGCGGGAACGGAGUCGUCGUUGCGACGAUCGCGUUCGGGAUGGGCAUCGACAAGGCGAAUAUUCGCAUGGUCGCGCACUUUCAGCUGCCCAAGACGCUCGAGAACUACUCGCAAGAGAUCGGCCGCGCGGGACGUGACGGUCUUCCUUCGCUCUGCUUGAUGGUUCCCUCGGCUUCUGACAUGCCUAUCCUUGAGUCGUUCGCUCGCGCCAACACUCCCUCUUUGCGCUCGAUCCGCACCUGGCUCGACGCCUUCUUCAUCUCGCCCCUCGACGACGACGGUACCAUCUCGGCAGACCACUACAAGAUGAGCAACGAGUUCGACAUCGGCCGCAAUACGCUCAGCCUCCUCUUCACGAUCCUCGAGCUGCAGUACGGCCUCAUCCGCGCGACCACGCCCUUCUACUCGACUUACACGAUCAAGCCUCUCGAGAACAACCCCUCCGCCUUCCCGAACGUCCUGAGCGACCGCUCGCCCGAGGCCGUCGCUCUGCAGAAGCACUGGAAGCAGGGCAGGAUCUGGCAUACGAUUGAUGUCGUCGGAACGGCCGAGGCGGAGGGUAUUGAGCGCUCGAAGCUCGUCAGGCAGAUCUCGCGCUGGGAGAUGAACGGCUGGUGCGAAGUCAAGGUCGGCGGCGUCCGGAUGCGGUACAAGAUCGAGAACGUGCUUCCCGAGCUCGAUGAGGAUAUCGAGGAACUCGCCAACGCCAUCUUCAAGCAGCUGCAUGAGCGCGAGGAGGCGGACGUCAAGCGCUUGAGGAACGUCGCCGAGUUUGUCAAGGGGGGACAAUGCUACGCGCACCUCCUCGCUUGCUACUUUGGCGACGACAAGGCUGUCCCCGAGAAAGGCUGCGGAAUCUGCUCGUUCUGCAAGACCCGUCAAGCGAUCCCUUUCCAGCCAAAAUACGACAGCGCCUUCUCCGACAAACAAGUCCGUUUCGUCCUCGGCGUCUGCGGCGUGCGCGACGACCCUCGCUUCCUCGCCCGCUUCGCUUUCGGCGUCUCCUCCCCUCGCAUCACCCAGCUCGGCUUGUCGAAGCACGAGAUUUUCGGCUGCUGCGAGACGGCGGACUUCAAUAAGCUGCUUGAGCGGUUCGAGGCCGAGUGCGAGGAGCAGGGGUACCGCAACAGGGCGGUGUUGGCCCCGCCGAAGACGAAUGCGCGCGCUAAGGAGGGCGAGGCGGAUGGCAAGGAGGCGACUGGAGCAAAGAAGGCGCCUGCGAAGAGGGCGGCCAGCGGAGGAGCGAAGGCGGGCGGGGCGGCGAAGAAGGCCAAGAAGUGA